AUGGAGAAUCUACUGGCUCAUUCAUUCGAUUAUCUUUGCUCAUACGAGCCUAGCAAAGUCCGAAAGGGCUUGCGCCAGGUUGAAGGCCUACUGGCCCAAAUCUGCCUCUCCAAGCCGAAAUCCACAUCCGAUCGGAGAAGAUCCUACUUGACCACGGAAUCACAACCGGUACCCAAGGCCCUCUCCGAACUACGUGACGACCCGGCUUUCCGAGAAUUUUACAAAAUUCAAGAUGGUUUCCAAUGGAAUGUCGCAAUGCGCUUGGUCUCUUGCCUCGAACACCUUCUCGGCCGCGGUAGCAACGGCACAAACGACAUGCUCAUCGUCUGCACCUUAGACCUCAUUCAAGGCGCACUUCUCCUCCACCCACCCUCCCGCACACUCUUCGCCCGCGAGAUAUACAUGAACCUCCUCCUCGACCUCCUCGAUCCCAUCAAUUGUCCCGCCAUUCAAUCUGCAACACUGCUCACACUCGUCACAGCCUUGCUUGAUUGUCCGACCAACACACGCACAUUUGAGGACCUAGACGGUCUGCUGACCGUGACGUCUCUGUUCAAGCAGCGUGCCACCUCGCGCGAGGUCAAGCUCAAGCUGGUCGAGUUCUUGUAUUUCUACCUCAUGCCCGAGACCCCAAUUCUGAGUCCAGCCAUGGGCGGUCGUUCUAGUCCACCGGGUCUGCAGCGCAGCCCGAGCAAAAUUUCCUCGCGGCCCAUGUCACAAAGCUCACCUACCUCUCCGGGCAGAGCGGGUAAAAUGAUCAGGGAUACCAGGACCACCGAUGAAAAACAGGCGAUGCUGGGUCGAUACUUGAAUAAUGUUGAGGACCUGGUUGAGGACUUGAAGGAGACGGCGCCCUUUGGAGCGACGGUCUACUGA